AUGGGUCGUUUGUGGACCACAUUCACUGCUCCCAGUGGUGAAAAAUACUAUUAUAAUUUGCGAACGAAAGAAUCGACCUGGAAGAGACCCGAAUCGUUUUAUGAAGAUGGUGGAAAUAAGAGGCCAAAGCUAACAAGAGAACCAGAACCAUUUUAUGCGAUUCCUUUAGUCAACGAUUGGUUUUUGGUAAUUGACGAUAUUGGAGGGAAAUAUUAUUUUGAUAGCAGUACGGAAGAGGCUAGCUGGACACUGGAAGAUCCGGAGAGUGCUGAAUUGUUGUCAACAAUUGACAAAAAUAAGAUAAUUCUGCUUGUGGCAAUAGCUAGAGGCUAUAAUACCAAUGUAGGAGAUCGUGUUUACCAGGAGGUAAUUGACGAUUUGAAAGCGCUCAGGAAAGGUAGUGCAGUAGAGGAAGAAGGUGAGCAAGAAGGUGAGCAAGAAAGUGAAAGUAUACCGUCAGAGAGCGAGGAGGAGGAAAAAAGGCCGUCUGGCCUUAUUGCAGGCUAUAGUUCAUCUGAGGAGGAGGAAAAUGAGAUCGAUAGCGAUGUGGAGAAGCUUAACAAUUUGGGAGACGACGAUCUGCCAAAAGAGAACCAUGAAGAUGAGUCUCAGAUACGGAAUGAUUUCUUUCAGCUUUUACAGAGACAUCAAUGUGAUCCAUAUUCCACAUGGUCUAUUCAGGCAAGAAAAAUUCAAGAGGAUCCCUUGUUUUAUAGAAUCACAGAUGAUUCUAUUAGAGAGUCGAUGUUCGAAGAGUGGUGUGAGAAGGCGAUAAACAGGACAACAAAUCCCCAAGAUCUUGUGGACGAGGACAACUUGGAUGAUGAUUCUAGAGAAGAGGAGGAAGAGGACGAAUUAGAGCCCCUGCCGUUUCACUACCUAGCACAUAUAGUGUCAAAAGCCAACAUUACACCGUCAACUAUUUUCCAGGACAUCAAGGACCAAAAUAAGGCAGAUUUUAAGAAAUACAAGAUCAAGCAAUUUGUAAAGUCUAAGAGUCAACAAGAAACUUUCGUCUCAAAGCUACUCUUCUAUUAUAAGAAAUUCACAUUAGAUGAACGUAAAGAGAUCUUUCAUGACCUUUUGGAAAGUCAUUCAAGAUCUAUCAAGAAAAACUUGGAGCAGGAAUCCGAAUCGAUGCGAUCAACUCUCAGUGAAGAGGCGGGUUCCAAUGAUGCUUACGCCAUUGAAACCAAGCUUCUAAAGAUGGAAAACCUUAUUGGCCUGGCACGAGAUAUGGAAGAGUUGGCAAAUGAUCCCAAAUACUACGUUCUGGGAAUUAAAGACAAAAUGAUAGAACUCAUGCAUUACUUAACUAGUUAUAUAUAG